AUGGCUGACACAGAGGAACAAGUACCACCAAUAGAGGACGAAGAACCUGAAGAAACACCGGGAUAUAAAGCACCAGCACAAAAAUCUUUGGACGAAAUAAAAAAUUUGGAUGCCGACGAUGAAUCUUUGGUAAAGUACAAGCAAACAUUGCUCGGCGGAGCUGCGGCUGCCGGCGCAGGUGAGAGUUAAUCGGUUCGAUAAUCAGUUCGUGGGACCCAAAUAUUCUUUACUGACGUUCGCAAUGUAUUUUUUCGUUCACAGCUGGAGAUGAUGGAGGACCUAAUGUCGUUGUUGAAAAAAUGUCAGUGAUCAUUGAAGGUCGACCCGAUAUUGCCUUAGAUCUUACUGGUUUGUAUCAGAAUUUAGCUCCACAUGCUCAUAGCUUGUAGUUUUUAGUUUCCCUUUCGUCAUCCUCUUACAGUCGUGGAGAUCCACUCUCAUUUGACAUGCGAAAUUAGCCGAGUAGAAGUCUUAAUUACGAGUACAUUGAUCUUUUCUCCAUCCGUCCUCUUGGAAACUAAAACUUUACUGUGUGCGUGACAUUUUUGAAUUCGAACUCGGUGUUCUAUGUCAGCAUCAUGUGUAAACUCGAAAUAAAAUGUUUGUAAACUAAAAUGAUUUUAAUGGCUCUUUCUCGUCUUAACAGGCGAUUUGACCAAACUUAAAGACAGUCCUUUUAUAAUCAAGGAAGGAGUUUCGUACAGGCUUAAAAUUACGUUUAGGGUAAGUGAUAAUAAAUUCUUCAGCUUAAUUUUUAAAUCUUUAAGUUGUGUUAGAUCCUUUUACAAUCGACAUUUUAGAGGAAAAAUAGUCAUAUGCAAAUCAUUUUGUUAUUUUCCUUUAUUCCCAGUGAGUUAUUUUGGUUUUGUCUUUAUUUUUAAACUUGAACUUCCUUUUAGCAAUGGACAUCCCUGAUAGCUAAUUAGCCAUACAUAUUACAAAGUAAUUAGUAAAGUAAGUUGUUUUCAUAAUUUUUUGUUCUUUACAGUAGAAAGUAAAAUAGACUUGGUAUUUUAUUAUUGCUCUAAGUGUCCUUAAAGCCACAUAAACAUAGGAAUUGUCUAGACUACUGAACCUAAAACAAUGGAGAGUGUUUUGAAAUUCACUUAUUUACUUGUCAUAAGUUACAGCAAUGCCUACUACAAAGAAGUUGUGCCGUAAUUUACCAUAAAUGAUCAAUUAAGUGCCGCUACUCGAAUAAGCGCCGCUCUUGAUAAGCGCCGCAGCACCAAUUUGGGUAUUUACAAAUAGACACCCCACCUUUGUUAUGGUGCUUGAUAUAAAGAGAAAUCAAAACCAUAUUGCUUGACAAAUCAGACCCUGACCAACUUGUGAGUUCUCAAGUUUGAAUGUCAGGAAACUUUUGAAACGGAGUUCAUAUAACGGUUCGAGUUGUACACAUUUGUUUUUUUCUUGUCCAGCUCUGAGUUCUCUCUACAUUCCCCUCAGUGUUUUACCCGUAGUUGAAAUAAGCACCGCACCUAUAACAUGGAAAAUGAAAUAAGUGUCGUGGCGCUUGAGCAAUCAUUGUGAAAGAGAGCUAACAAAGUGACAAAUUAAAGAGUAAUCACAGUUAAAACUUUUCACCAGGUAGCAGAAAAAAAAAGUUUCCUUAUUGAUGACAUCACAGACAUGUGACAUAAUUUUGGAGUAAAAAUGGUACCAACCGUGUGGCACAAAAUUUUUGCGGGAGUUUAUUUUUGCGGAAUGGCGAUUUCUUGUGUUUUGGGGGAACUAGUUUUAGAGAUUAUGACAGAUUGGUUUUUCUUGAUGGGAAUUAAUUUUUGGGAUUUUCAGAAAGUAGCCAGAAUUGAUGAUGUUUUUGUUUUUAUUGAGUAUGUGCAAUGGAAAUACAUAUUUUUGCAACAAUACUACGGUGUGCGUACCUAUGUGAAACCAGUAUUUCAUUGUAUACCGUUUUGUUCCUGAACAAUAGAGACAAGUUGUAAUUGAAGAGAUAAAUAAUGUUUGCUGUAAUUUUUAUUUGUGGGAAAAUCGCAAAAAUUAAAACCCACAAAAAUUUUGUGAUACAUGCUUGCUGCUUAAGAGACUUAUUGAAACGUAUUAUAUUUAGUAAAGAUGCGUAACUUAAGUAGAAACAAUAGCUGCAGGGAAUAAAAAUUGGAAGAAGCUAUUUGACAAAAUAAUUAGAUAGGAAUAACAUGAUAUGAGUAGAAAUAUUUUUUGGUAGUUUGAUAAUUUCCUUGUAAGUAAAUAAAUUAAUGUUAGGCUAUCAACCUUAAUGUUGCAUGAAGCGUAAUUUAAUUGCAGAUGUUGUAAAGCCAAGGUGAUUUCUUAAAAUCGUUUGAGCAAAUUUUCUAGUAAACAAUUUGCUUUCUUUACAUACGAAUUGUAAAAGAGACAAAGUCCAACAUCCUCAUGUGCAAAUUGUGUGCAUGAGUUAUUUUUAUAAUUCUUCUUGCUGGAUUACCUUAUUACAGGAAAUUAACGCUCCAUGUUUAAUUCCAUUUAACCUUUAAUUGUGUUGUAUUCAAUUACGCUUAAAACCUUUAAGCAUUUGUUGUCGUUUGUUUCCGUUAAUGUUUGUUUUGUUGAAUUUGUACUGUUUCGUAUUCCAAAAGUUAUCAGCAUAUUGGUACCCACAGCAGAGGCAGUUCGGAAAGCGAUAGUGAUGUGGUGGUAGGCUAAUGGGCAAAAUCAAACAAAAAACUCCUUACCUUGAAACUGAGACAUUUAUUAGUUAUUCCAACAGGGUUGGAAUAAAUACUUAAGGAACAGCUUGAAUUUGGAUAUUUUGUGAAUAUGUAUGUGUCUGGUAUUAAAUUUCACGAUUUUAAUAUUCGUGAGUAUUAGAUUUCAUGAGUAUUACAUUUCGCAGUUUUUCCAAAAUUGUGAAAAUCACGAAAUUUAAUACUCGCAAAAUUAUAUAAUAAGGUCGUAACUGAUUACAGCUGAGAUCUAAAAUGGUACGUGCUAGAGUUAACCAUGCUUUAUAAAAAGUCUUUUUCCACACUUUCUCAUGAAACUGAGGUGUUUUGGUAGCAUUUGCCAACAUAAAACAGAAAUAGAGCCUGUAAGUGUUAAAUGAGCAAGGGAUUUUGUGCAGGUUUACGGUAAAGGUGUUAAAACAAAACUGGUCAUGCAUGACAGAGCAUGGCUGUUAUAGUGUUUUGUGCAAGUUAGUAUGUAAUAGUUAAUUGCACUCCUUUUUUAGGUUAAGCGUGAGAUUGUUGCAGGUCUUAAGUAUCAUCAGGUAACCUCCAGGAAAGGAAUAAGAGGUAAGUUAAUUUGUUGUUAGCUUUGCAAAUUUCAAGAAAGUAUGGGCGCGUUUCUCUGUAAAGUCGUUCUAUUAGCUUCAAAGGGGUCUGGCCAGGAACUGGUCAUCUAGUCAAGCUUAUUGGCCAUGUUUUGCAUUAUAAUACUUAUGGUACUUCUCUUCUCCCUUACAAGAGUCUCAAACAAUGUGCAUUUCAUACUGCCUUUUUUCCUUCUUCACUCCCAUGUAUUGAUGUUGAGUGUAGAUUACUCAGGACCAAUUUACAACAGUUGAACCUGCAUUCAUGGGACACCCUCAGGACCAAGCCAAGUGUUCCCUGCAAGGAGGUUGGGCUGGGGUUUGUUAAUAAUUAACCAAAAAAUAGAACAUUUUUCUCUUAUUCUGCCUUGAUCGGAAUCUGCUGCAGUCAUUAUUUCAAGCACCUAGAUAAAUAUGUUUAAAAAUCGUGAUGGUGUGGGUUGAAUUACAACAAGUUUAGUAAAUCGAUUUUAGUGAGAUAAUUACAUGUUUCAAAAGCCGUAGCCAUUUUGAAAACUGAACAAUGAAACUUUUAAAGUGCGACUACUGUAACCGGGGCCACUUAGACAAAGUUAACCAAUCAGAUUACAGGAAACUAACAAUACAUUCCAAGAAAGUUGGUUAUGGGCCAAUCAGCAGCUCAUAAAAAAACAAUAGUUUCUCAAAGCACAAAAUUUAAAUAUUGAUAGCAAACAAGACAAGAAAACAAAAUUUUUCUAUUUGAAACUUACAACUCCCAGGAGACAUAUUUGUUGGACACAAGCUGUUAUUUUGUAAUAUACCAGCAAUUUCCUUACUGCCAUUGCAGUGCUUUGCAAUAACAUCACGACCUCAAGUCAAACAUUUAACUAAUGUUUACUUGUUUUGCCUGCGACAUUCACUCUAACGGACCUCUCAGAAAACAUAGGAUUUUCUUCAGUGGGUUCAAAAGGUCACAUCUGUAGGUUGUAAUACCCAGUAAUAAUUAUUAUAAAAUUGGUUGAUUUUGAUCCAUGUUGUUUGUUUCAAUUAUGAUAAGCAACUAACUUUCUAGGAAUGUAUUGAUAUUUUGCUUUCCACAAAAAUAUCAAGAGAGUCUACUCCAUUAUGUCUAAACCAUCUAGAGAUAUAUAUUACUCUCUCAGAUUCCAACAUCAAUGUCAGAACCCUCUCAUGUUGCCAUCAUUAGUCUAUCCUUACUUUGAACUUUACCUUUACAUUGAACCAUCCUCGGAGACCCAGGAGCAGUCAGUCGGGUCAGGAGAAAAGGCGGGAUGCAAGUUUUCAAGUACGGGCAAAAGAGCCCCUGGGUACCGACUCUCACCUAACUAUUUCCAAAAAUUCAAGCAGAUGCCGCCUCAUGAUUGGGCACAAAAAAUGCUUUGUAUUAUUGUGCCCAAUCGGCGAACAGUUUCUCCUGAGUUCUUUUCGUGAGUUCGUACACGACAACUAUUGUCUCACCACACUUGCCCGGUUCGUUCACCAAGCUUGUGCGUGCAAGGAAAACUUUUAUUUUCUACUUUCCUUACCAGAAACGAAGGGACGUUUGGGAUGCUAUCAGCAGGAGCAAUUCAAUUAGCCCCGAGAAUAUUCUGUUUUUGACGGAUCACAAUGUAUCGUAAAUAAUAGGAACUUUAAGAUACGGCGGCAAUGAGGAAGUCAAAUUACCAAUAGCUUCACAAGGCAAAACAACAACUUUGCACGUGCAUCGCACUUUUUUGUACAUUUCUUUGCCCUCAACUGCAUGACUACCCGUGAAAAUACCUAAUUUCAUGUUUUAUGAGGGACAUAAAUAAGCAAUGACAAACAUGAAAUUGAAUAUGGUUAAUAGAAAGUCAGCUCCAGAAGAGUCAGCACUUGCAUUUGACAAAGUAAGCGAGUUGGAAUAAUCAGGAUAGAGACUGAAAAAAUGUGAAUUAACUUUUCCAUGCGACGUUUUUGUGGCUGUCAGCCGUCGUGGUAUCUUUUAAAAACUCCCUAGAAUUUACGCAAUACGCGUGACUGAUGCAAGCGUGAAUACCUGUUGUAAGCUCAAGCUUUUAUUUUUGGAAAAGCGUCUUUAGUUUUUGGGCAGACAAUAUGGGGAUUUUAUAUCAAACUGAAAGUUUCCUGACUGCGUGCAUUUCGUUGGUGCAUGAGCCAGACAAGCCGUGAUCAAGACAAUAGCCGUUGUGUACGAACUCACGAAAAGAAAAUCAGGAGGAACUGUUUGCCGAUUGGGCACAAUAAUACAAAGCACUUUUUGUGCCCAAUCAGGAGCCGGCAUCUGCUUGAAUUUUUGGAAAUAGUUCAGUGAGAAUCGGUGCCCAAAGGCUCUUUCGCCUGUACUUGAAAACUUUUGCCCUGCCUUUUCUGCCGAUCCGACUGACUGCCCCUGGGUCUCCGAGGAUGACAUUGAACAAGAUGUAAUACGCAAACCCUCGUUGAUGAAACAAGAAACUGGAUGAAUUGAAUGAUUUUUUUCCUUCUUGUUAAUUCCUAGUAUUUUAGAGUAAUUCUCAAAGAGGGCAUCUAUGAGACAGGGGGUGUUUGUUAGAGAGGAGCGUCUAAUAUAAUAAUUUUAACAGCCCAGAGGGGGCAUAUAUUUGGAAGUGGGUGGUUAUUAGGUCAUUUACAGUAUUCUUGUUUUCAUUCCAGUCAUUUUUAGUCAGUAGUUUGGCUAUUAUUUUCAACUUUGCAUAGCUGUGAACUCUUUUGCCAUUAUUUUUCUCUAUACUGAUGCAAAAGCACCUUAACUGUUGCAUAUCUGUCUUGCUGUGAUUGUUUAUGCAAUAUAAAGGGUUCGUAAAGAGUGUUUAAUUCUUGAGAAAGUCGUGAAAUUUGCCCUGCAGUUUUCUAGACCUGGAAAAAGUUUAGAAAAUGGAGAUAAAGUGUGGGAAAAUAAUAAAAAGUCUUGAGUUUUUUUUUUCAAAGCUACAAAAAGUCUUUUAUAAGUGAAUUUUGUUUCAUUUUGGCCAAAUAUUAUUCAAUCUCAACCAUACGUUUGCAGCUCAUCUUGAAAGAAGCUUUGUUCCUGCAUUUUCAAAGGUCUCUAUUGAUCACCUAUUUGAUUACCUUGAGUCUGGAAAAAGAAAUUAUUGUUUUGCAAAAAAAUACAAUAAUUGUAUAUUCAGAUUUGAAGAUUUUUUGCAGACUCAAGGUUAUCAAACAGGUGAUCAGUAGAGACCUUUAAAAAUGCAGGAACGAAGCUUCUUUAUUUUUGGCAUCUGAGUGACAGUGUAAUUAAUGCUUCCAAAUUUGGAUAGGGCAAAUCAAGAAUUAGUUUGGGUAAAAGCCAGUUAGAAAUUGGCCUCAGUGGACCAAUAAUUUUUCUUUCACUUUAUGAUUGACUGAAGAAAAUAAUUUUUCCAUUAUCUUCCAAAUUUACUUAGAACUAGGUGGCUAUGAAGAUUUGGCUUGAGAGUUGAGCCAACCAGAAAUGAUAGAUAUUUUGAAGGGAUAAUGAUAUAUUUUAUCCCAUAGGACACUUUGCCAAAAUGAUGGGAGGCACUUAAAAAGUAAAACAUUUUUACUUUGAAGGAGGUUAGAUUAUAACUUUUGACUACUCUAAAAUCCCAUACUUAUGACGGGUCACUACUCAGAUCAAGGUGGUGACACUUCAUCAGUAUGGAAUUUCUGCACUUGUUUCUCAGAUAUCAUUUCGCGAGGGAACCAGUGCUGGCAUUGCAAAAUGUUGGCUUUUUUCUCAGGCUAACUUUGAGGUAGAUUACAGUUGUGUGUCUCAUUGUGUUUCAGUUGACAAGUCUUCAUUGAUGGUUGGAAGCUAUGGCCCAAAAACAGAGUCCCAUGAAUAUCUUACUCCUCCUGAAGAAGCUCCAAAGGGAAUGCUUGCUAGGGGGCACUAUGUUGCAAAGAGCAAGUUCGUAGAUGAUGAUAAAAAUUGCCACCUGGAAUGGGAGUGGGCAUUUGACAUCACUAAAGACUGGCAAUAAUGAGUUUUCGUACAAGAUGCAAUGUAAUUAUUUUU